UUCAUAUUUAUUUUGUAAUACAAAAAGAAGUGUGAAAAAAUUAGCAAAUAUUGUAACAUCAAAACAAAAUUAAUACGCCAAUUGAAAAAUUGUAUUACUGAAAUAUAAAAUUCAAUGUUAAUGUGAAAAAUAAUAAUAAGUGUAUCGGAUUGUAAAGAAUAUUUUACAAGUGGUAAAGGCGACAAAUAAAAAAUAUACGGGCGAACAAAAAAAUAAGAAAUAGUUGAGAAAAAGGCAAGUUUUUUCUUUUUACCAAAUCAAAAAGGCAUAAAAUACGUUGUUGGUUCUUAUAAAAUAAAUUGUUGAUACAGCAAAAAUUAAUAAAUUGUGUGAUUUUUAUCGACUUUAUUGAUCUCUACACAAUCUACCUCUUAUUGGAUUUCCAAAUAUAAUAAUUAAAAAACAGAAAUUACAAAUAAACUAAAUCGUCAUUAACAACAGAGCAGAUUAUUACAUAUAGAAUUACAAUAAAAACACAAAAAAGUAAAGGAAUAAUUUGACUUACGCUCUUGCUAUACACAGCAUGAACAAAAGUGAUGGGCGGAUUCCUGGAUAAGCCUAAAACUGCUAAACACAAUGACAGUGGCGAAGGUAAUAAAUUACACUUCGGCGUCAGCUCGAUGCAGGGCUGGCGAUGUGAAAUGGAAGAUGCUUAUUAUGCCUGCGCAGAUCUCGGUGAAGAUCUAAAAGACUGGUCAUUUUUUGCUGUCUUCGACGGUCAUGCCGGUUGUAAAGUGUCAGAGUAUUGUGCCAAGUAUCUGUUAAACUAUAUUGUCAAUACACAAGAGUUCCAGGAUGGCGAACACGAGAAAGGCAUACGUACCGGUUUUCUGCGUAUUGACGAAGAAAUGCGCAAGCUUCCCGAACUUCAUAUAAAUGCUGGUAAAUGUGGUGGUACUACAGCUGUCUGUGCAUUCGUUUCUCCCACCCAGAUGUAUAUAGCUAAUUGUGGUGAUUCGCGUGCAGUUUUAUGUCGUCAAGGCUCCCCAGUCUUUGCCACACAAGAUCAUAAGCCCAUAUUGCCGGUGGAAAAGGAACGUAUUUGUAAUGCUGGCGGCAGUGUCAUGAUUAAGAGAGUCAAUGGCACUCUGGCGGUUUCUCGAGCUUUGGGCGAUUAUGAUUUUAAAAAUGUCAAAGAAAAAGGACAGUGUGAACAAUUGGUUUCGCCAGAGCCGGAAAUAUUCUGUCAAAGUUGUGAGGAUACUGAUGAGUUUCUAGUUUUAGCUUGUGAUGGCAUCUGGGAUGUUAUGACUAACGAAGAUGUCUGCAGUUUUAUACACUCGAGGCUGAAAAUUACCGAUGAUUUGGUGGCUAUAGCUAAUCAAGUCGUUGAUACAUGUUUGAAUAAGGGCAGCCGAGAUAAUAUGAGUAUCAUUAUAAUAGCUUUCCCUGGAGCACCUAAACCUACCGAAGAAGCUUUAGAAGCCGAUAUACGGCUGGAAAAAGAAAUUGAGAGAAUUACAAGAGAGGAAAUUGAAAGUUUUGAGUCCGUAAAUUAUGGUGAAUUACUGGUAGCUUUAAGAGAUAGAAAUAUUGAGGGUCUUCCACCAGGUGGCGGUUUACAGUCAAAGUAUCAUUUAAUAGAGCGAAUAUUUAAAGAAAUUUUCCCAGAAGAAAAGUGUGAAACUGCAUCACAUUGAAAUCCGGUUAAAUAUUUUAAUUGAUAAAGUUCAAAUUUAAUUAAAACAAACAAAUAAGAAAAAAAUA